CCUCAGCCUCCCAAAGUGUUGGAAUUAUAGGCAUAAGCCACCGCGCCCAGUCCAAUCAUUGAUCUGGAUACUCAUGCCCAUUUUAGUUUGUAGUAGGUUAUGGGAUGGUUGUAUCAGCAGUAUUUUUUUUUUUUUUUUUAAGACGGAGUCUCGCUGGUCAAAAUGGCUGGAAAGAAGGCUGUUGCAGCAUCAGGCAAGUGGCUGCAUGGUAUUCGAAAAUGGUAUUACAAAGCCGCAGGAUUCAAUAAACUGGGGAUAAUGAGAGAUGAUACAAUAUAUGAGAAUGAAGAUGUAAAAGAAGCCGUAAGCAGCCUUCCUCAGAACCUUUAUAAUGACAUGAUGUUUCACAUGAAGAGGGCACUGGACCUGUCCAUGAAGCAUCAGAUCUUGCCUAAAGAGCAGAGGACCAAAUAUGAAGAGGAAAAUUUCUACCUUGAACUGUAUCUGAAAGAGGUUAUUCGGGAAAGAAAAGAAAGAGAAGAAUGGGCAAAGAGGUAAUCAUGUAGUUGAAGUCUGUGGAUGCAGCUGUUAUGAAAAUGGUUAAACUUGAAAAAAAAUCUUAAGAAUUAUUGGUCUGCAGAUGUUUUACUUUAAAUAAAUAUCUAUUGUAAAAAACAAAAGAAAAGACAGAGUCUCGCUCUGUCGCCAGGCUGGAGUGCAGUGGUGCAAUCUCUGCUCACUGCAAUCUCCACCACCUGAGUUCAAGCAAUUCCCCUGCCUCAGCCUCCCAAAUCGCUGGGACUACAGGCAUGCACCACCACACCCAGUUAAUUUUUUGUACUUUAGUAGAGACAGUGUUUCUCCAUGUUGGCCAGGAUGGUCUCGAUCUCCUGACCUCGUGAUCUGCCCACCUCGGCCUCCCAUUACAGGCGUGAGCUACGGCGCCUGCCCGUAUCAGCAGUAUUUUUGACCCAGUUAACAUCUAGAUUUUAAAACACUGGGAAGAGUGAGU